CGGCAGCUGCAGCUCGUGGACGCACGGACCGAGCCAGGGCCGGGAGCCGCCCGGGGCAGGGCUCGGGAGAGCGGGCCCCAGCAUGCGGCGCCAGCCCCGCAGGAGCCCCCAUGCUGCCCCGGCCCCCGGCGCGCCGUGCUAGCCCCCAGCCAGGGCGCGGGGAGGCGCGGAGGCCAUGGCCAGCCACGUGGACCUGCUGACUGAGCUGCAGCUGCUGGAGAAGGUGCCUACGUUGGAGCGGCUGCGCGCCGCCCAGAAGCGCCGGGCCCAGCAGCUGAAGAAGUGGGCGCAGUAUGAGCAGGACCUGCAGCAUCGCAAGCGCAAGCAUGAGCGGAAGCGCAGCGCGGGCGGCCGGCGGAAGAAGGUGUCCUUCGAGGCCAGCGUGGCCCUGCUGGAGGCCUCGCUGAGGAACGACGCCGAGGAAGUGCGCUACUUCCUAAAGAAUAAGGUCAGCCCCGAUUUGUGCAAUGAAGAUGGACUCACCGCCCUGCACCAGUGCUGCAUCGACAACUUUGAGGAAAUUGUCAAGUUGCUUCUUUCCCACGGUGCCAACGUGAACGCCAAGGACAACGAGCUGUGGACGCCCCUGCAUGCCGCGGCCACCUGCGGCCACAUCAACCUGGUGAAGAUCCUCGUUCAGUAUGGGGCCGACUUGCUUGCCGUCAACUCUGAUGGGAACAUGCCCUAUGACCUCUGCGAGGAUGAGCCCACCCUGGAUGUCAUCGAGACGUGCAUGGCGUACCAGGGCAUCACCCAAGAGAAGAUCAAUGAGAUGCGGGCAGCUCCUGAGCAGCAGAUGAUUUCAGACAUUCACUGUAUGAUUGCAGCCGGCCAGGACCUUGACUGGAUAGAUGCCCAGGGUGCCACACUGCUGCACAUAGCUGGAGCCAACGGAUACCUGCGGGCAGCCGAGCUCCUCCUGGACCAUGGCGUGCGCGUGGAUGUGAAGGACUGGGAUGGCUGGGAACCCCUGCACGCGGCUGCCUUCUGGGGACAGAUGCAGAUGGCAGAGCUAUUGGUGUCCCAUGGGGCCAGUCUCAGUGCUAGGACGUCCAUGGAUGAGAUGCCAAUAGACCUGUGUGAAGAGGAAGAGUUCAAGGUCCUGCUGUUGGAGCUAAAACACAAGCAUGACGUGAUCAUGAAGUCCCAGUUGAGGCACAAGUCAUCCUUGAGCAGGAGGACAUCCAGCGCGGGCAGCCGAGGGAAGGUGGUGCGUCGAGCCAGCCUGUCGGACAGGACCAACCUGUACAGGAAGGAGUAUGAGGGAGAGGCUAUUCUGUGGCAGCAACGGAGCGCAGCCGAGGACCAGCGGACCGCUACCUACAACGGGGACAUCAGGGAGACCAGGACAGACCAAGAGAAUAAGGACCCGAACCCCAGGCUGGAGAAGCCCGUGCUGCUGUCCGAGUUUCCUACCAAGAUCCCACGAAGUGAAAUGGACAUGCCUGUUGAGAACGGCCUCCGGGCUCCGGUCAGCACCUACCAGUAUGCGCUGUCCAAUGGGGACGUCUGGAAAGUGCAUGAGGUGCCCGACUACAACAUGGCCUAUGGCAACCCUGGCAUGGCCGAUGCCACCCCGCCCUGGAGUGGCUACAAGGAACAGAGCCCCCAGACGCUUCUGGAGCUGAAGCGGCAGCGGGCUGCAGCCAAGCUGCUCAGCCACCCCUUCCUGAGCACCCACCUGGGCAGCGGCAUGGCCAGGACGGGCGAGGGCAGCAGCGAAGGCAAGGCCCCCUUGAUCGGAGGCAGAACUUCCCCAUACAGCAGCAACGGGACCUCGGUGUAUUACACGGUCACCAGUGGAGACCCCCCGCUUUUGAAGUUCAAGGCCCCCAUGGAGGAGAUGGAGGAGAAGGUCCACGGCUGCUGCCGCAUCUCCUAGUCUCCUUGGGAUGGAGGAGAGAGAUGCUUUGGGGAGAGGGUCCCUGGAAUCCAAGCCAGCCCAGCAGCCCUGGCUGGGAAGGCAUCAGAGGGCAGCUGCGGGGAGGUGGGCUCUGCUUUCUAGAGGAACGCCGACCCCACCUCUCAGCCAGCUGCCCAUAGCUUCACCACUUCCCACGGUUCUGCUUCUUGCUGCAUUGUCUGCCAUCGAAAACAAGGCCCAUAGUGGCUUCCUGACUCAUCCUGCUGUCAGAUUUUGGGAGGGCGGGCUGGGAUUCCAGUUCUAUUGUUGGCAAAGGCUUCUCUGGACCCGUACUCACAUGGCACACGUCAACACACACACACACACACACAUGCACACACACACACACAAUCAACAUGCGUAGGGAUGACACAGCUGGGCUCAUGGGAAGCAGGUGGAACUGAGAAUUUGUGGGCUUUUCCCAAGAGGAUUGAAGUUAAGACUCAGAGUUUUGUCACCACUGCCAACAUGGCUUUAGCAAGGGAGGGGGCCUGCUCAGCUGAGACCUGCCGUCCUGCCCAGAGUCCUGCCAGGGUUUGGUAUCAUCGUCCACAUUUGGCGGGAGCAGGAGGUCUUCUCUGCUUUUGGAGGGAGCUCUGUACCCACGUCGGGUAGAUGAGACGGGCGUAGGCCUGCCCCCCACAGCCUUGCUUGUGCCAAGAGCCAGCUGUGUGAGCACCCAGGGGCCGAGGUGGAAAACCUGGCUAGUCCAUUCCUGGAAUAAUCCCAAUCAUAUUUUGCUCUUGGAUGGAAGCAUCAAGAAAUGGAGGGAAGGGGGGAACAAAGGUAGUGUUUCCAAAAGUGCAUUUGAUGAAAGAAUUCUUUUAGAGUGUAG